AUGCAAAUCUUGGCACUUCGCAGGGCCCAGGGAGCCAAAUCUCAUCUCAUCACAUCAUUAUACGGCACGACUGAUGAGGGAUUACUCGCCAGCCUCGGGUAUAAACAAGAGCUCAAAAGACAAUUCAAACCACUAGAGAUUCUUGGGAUCGCCUUCAGCAUUGUUGGGGUUGCACCUGCAUUUUCAUCCGUUCUCAUCUACUCCCUCCCCAAUGGAGGCGCGUUUGCAAUGGUCUGGGGCUGGACUGUCUGUUCCAUCUUCAUCGCUGCAAUUGGCCUUGCCAUGGGAGACCUAGCGUCUGCCGCGCCAACAUCCGGUGGACUCUAUUACUGGACCUUCAUGUUCUCGCCAGAAAAAUGGCGCUGUUUUUUAUGUUGGAUCGUAGGAUAUUCCAACACCAUCAGUAAUGUGGCUAGCGUUGCGAGCAUUGACUGGGGAUGUGCCCUACAAAUCAUGGUAGCGGUCAGUAUCGGAUCCGAUCUGACUUUUGAAGCAACCAUCCCCCAGACUUUUGGCUUAUAUUGCGCGCUUCUCCUCUGCCAUGCACUUAUAUGCAGCAUCAGUCCUAGAUUUAUGGCUAGGUUGCAGAUAUUCUUCGUAAUACUCAAUGUCCUCCUAUGCUUCGCGAUUAUCGUAGGCCUCCCGGCAGCCACUCCCAAGGAAUUCAAAAAUGACGCAAAAUUUGCCUUUGAGGACUUCACUAAUGUAUCUGGAUGGCCGAAUGGAUUCGCAUUCAUCCUUAGCUUUUUAACCCCUUUAUGGGGGGUUGGAUGCUUUGAUGCUCCCGUUCAUAUGAGCGAGGAAGCCACUAAUGCCAGCAUAGCCGUUCCAAUGGCAAUCAUUUUCUCUACCCUCUCCGCUACUGUCCUCGGCUGGGCCAUGAACAUCUCACUGGUCUUCUGCAUGGGCCAGGAUUACCAAAGUAUCAUUGAUAGCCCCAUCGGCCAACCUAUGGCCACUAUAUUGUUCAAAUCCUUUGGAAGGACGGGAACUCUUAUUGUAUGGUCCUUCAUCAUCUUGGCACAUGUCUUGCUUUCCCUUUCCAUCUUUGCGUUCUCCCGGGACGGAGGUUUCCCUCUCUCUCGAUGGGUAUACUACGUCGAUCCUCAAACUCGGACCCCAUCUCACGCGGUCUGGUUUGGGACGUUCUUGUCCCUUCUACUCGGAAUUCUUGCCUUCGCUGGUAAUAACGCUAUUGGGGCGGUCUUUUCGCUGGUAAUUACUGGACAAUACGUGUCAUAUUCCAUCCCGAUGGCAGCGAGGUUUCUUGGCGGCAAAACAGUGAAGCCAGGCCCUUUCCGGCUAGGUCCUUUGAGUCUCCCAAUUGCCGCGAUUGCCGUUACCUGGAUGACUUUCAUGACAGCUGUGUUUAUGUUUCCCCUUACCCCCUCUCCCGGGGUAGGCAACAUGAACUAUACAAUCGUAGUGCAAGGCCAGUGGCUUCUAAUAAGCUUCCGAUUUGGUGGCGUUCUGAUAUUUGCCACCGUCUAUUUCUACUUUCCGAGAUAUGGCGGAAUCAACUGGUUCACAGGACCGAUAUCAACGGUCAAAGCGCCUGCGGUACAGGUGAAAAAUGAUGCAGUUGAAAAAGAGUAA